GGUAGCAUUUGAAACGCCGUUUACUAUUAUGUAGAAACACGACUCUCAUGCGAACGCGUUUAUCAGAAUCUCAGAUUUGCAAUCUGAGUUUUGGGUCUGGGUAAGCUUUUCCCGCUGAACGCCUAAGAUCACUCAUCUCAUCUCAUGUCUUCUGAAAACUCAGCACCUGAUUCUGCUCCAAACGAAAAAGCCAUCAACAAUAUCUUGGUGGAGGCUCUUGGUAAGAAAGAGGUCCAAGACGCCCUGAAAGAAGCGUGUCGUGGGAAAGAUCCUGCAGAAACCCUCAAAGAAGUCACCAUGGUUGUCCCAAUGCUCUUAGCCCUCACUAUUUGCCCUGCAAUGCUAGGCACUCAAGAAUCAAUUCGCCAAAGCCAGUCAAAGAACAAGCGCGAAGAGCACCGGGCACGUCGAUGCAACUUAGUUGUAUCAUGUGUAAAGCAAUCAAUUCGCAGUCGUGAUAUCGACGGGAAGUUGGUUGUGCUGAAAGACAACAAGCUUUGGAUUACGACUGCACAACCAGCAUCUCAUGACGAAGAGUCCGAAACUUUUGACGGCGGAUAUCCCUUCUCAGGGUAUUAUCUACCGUAUCCAGACACCAAAUAUGAAGGUCUAGUCAGCACGAUCAGUGAUGACCCCCCAAUGCUCAAUUGGAUAUAUGUGGAUAAAGAGACCUAUGAAGUGAAGUACGGCUUUCGGCCUGAUGCACAGCCUCAUCUCACAGGACCAUUCGAUUGCACUCGGCAGGACCGGCGCAUGACAUUCGAAGGUUGGGAGGGGUUCGUCGCGGUGGAAGAUUAUCCCGGAAUGUGGGCAUUGUACUUUGACCGUGACGAUGAUGGAUUGGCCACCAAAGUCCCAAUGGGCACAAGAGUGUUAGAAGUUGAGCUAACCAGGCGGGAAAAGAAGGAGCGCAAGCCUGAGCCUGACCCCAACCAGCCACAGACACUGGACGAGAAAAUGAAGCAGCAUAAAGAACAGUCGCAGAGAGAGGACGAAGAAGCGAAUGAGUUUUUACAAAAUGGGCAGGAGGCUCAACAUCAAGAGCAGACAUCGUCAUCCGACUCUAAACCAGCAAGUCUCAAUAAUAAUGGAUCGUCGCCUGACAGCAGUGAUACCAUGGCUACACUACUCAACAUAGAGAAACUGAAACUUGACAGCGAAACGGCCGCAACUCCUCAAAGGCUCACACCGGCAGUCCCAUCUCCCAGCACUCACUCAGACAAUAUGUCAUUCUGGUCGUCUGCAAAGAAAGCAGAUAAUAGUUAUGACAAUGCUUCAGUCACUGCAGCAAGUUCUAUCGGAGCGGAUGAGUCAUCAGACUUGAAUACCCAGACUCGGAGGGAUGGCCAAGAGCUGCUGUACAAGCAGCCUAGCGUAGAUGACGAUACAGACCAUGACAUAGAGAGUGUUGCAAUGUAAUGGCCAAGCUCAGCGGCAGAAAGGGUUAUAUGUUCCUUCAACUUUGUAUAAUAUAAGUAAUUUCUUACAAUAAGAGUGAUAUGUUACUG